AUGAUUGCUUCAGAAAUUUUUGAAAGAGGUGUGCAAGAUCCAUUUUGUCAAGAUUGUGAUUAUGAAGAUGAAACAGACGUGCAGAGCUUUCUAGGCCCAAAUGACUUUGUAAAUUCCAAACUUGCGUCCUUUAGUUUUGAGAAUUCCUCGAAAAAUAACAUCUUUCGUGCUAAUAUAAAUACCAAUGUUGGCAAUACAAGCAAACACAGAGGUAGCCAUACAAUUGGACAUCAUUUGAGAAAGAUCAAAACUGCUCCCCACCAUUUAUGUGGAUUUGCCCCACAAAAUUCAACAAACGGAUGCAACGAAGCGACUCGUCCUUCUCCAAGAAGAAUAAGAGCAAAUAGCAGCACUUUUAUUCACCAAUUGUCCAGACAAUCCACCAGGCAGUCCUCGUUGGGUGAUACCGUGGACUCCUGUGACGACCAUAAAUGCAUAAAGGCAAGAUCUAGGCAUUCUUCAUGUUAUGGUAUACCAACGCAUCUUUAUGGCUUGGAAAAAUAUGUUUCAUCUGAACUCGACUCGCUAGCGGUGACUAACGAUAAGUCGAAUAAUUCUACCUCUCCAUUAGCAUCCAUUUCAACAUCCGCCUCGAAUUCUAAUUCGUGUUUGAAUCUGAAUUCGAAUUCCACUACAUUUCCGUCGUCUUUUCUCUCCAGCGAAAAGAACAAUCGACUAAAGUCGAUCUCUCAUGGGAAAAUGUCAUCAAACGUUGCAGGACAUAGCGGAAACCCUUAUCAUUAUUGCAAAGAACGAAGGCCAUCAAACUUGAGAAGGGCUUCAUCUUCAGUUCUUUCUACUGGUUCCUCUUCGUCUCCCUUGCAGACAAGGAAAAACUCGUAUUCUAACUCCCUGAUUAAAUCUUCUUCAAAUAGCUCACUGAAUACUAGUGUCGGUUCUUCAAAUGAAGAAUCCGUACCUCAUAGCUCUAAUCACCUGGAAGAACGGAAUCCUAGAAGGAAGUCAUUCAUAAAAUUGUCACUAGCGAGUUCAUUUUCUAAUUAG